AUGGAGAGGAAGAGAUCAAGAUCCCCCAGAUACACAAUAGAGAGAAACAACUACAACCAUUAUCACCGUCAAUCCCCUACCACAAAUAGAGUACAGUUUGAGACCAAACAUAGAGGGUAUGAAGGGAGAAGGAGUCAAACUUCACCUAUUGGAAAGAAGACAUCUAGAGACAAAAGAGAAACCCCGAUUAAGUCUCCUAUGAGUACACCACAUAUAGAAUCCCACACCAUUCUUACUCAGAAGAGGGAUUUUUUAGGGGAUUUUUUAGAGAAAAGAGAAGAGACGAAAACGGCACUAAAGAAAUCAUGGAGAGAAAGGGGGGACCAACUACGAUCCCCAAUCCUGAGGAAAAGACAAAGAAGAGAAGAAGACAGGGAAGAAACAAACCAAAUUUAG